UCUACCUAUUCAAAUCAAACUUUUCUUAUUUGAUGAAACUUGAGUUAGAAGACAUGGGCAAGAAAUAGUUAUCAUGAUUACAAUUUGAGUCAAAUUCGAAUUAACUAGGCGGCAAUCUCAAGAUAUUCACCUCAUAACGGAUUUCUGACAAAAUCGGGUGCUGGUCUUGAAGGUGAAGAGCAAAAGUUAUUUCAAGCUCGACAUGUGAAAUACUCAUCCUCUAUCACAUAUCACACAACCCCCAAUUCCCCAGCCUUCAAACCACCAGCGCCUCACUGCACCAUCCCACACCAGAAAACCACACCUAUCACACCCCCCCAAAAAUGGCCUUCGACGACGAAGACCCCACCCCCACCUCCUCCGCCCUCGCAGCAGGCGAAGAAGGCGAAGCCCCGUCUCUAGAAGACGCGCUCGGGGACGAAACCCAGGACUUCCGAUUGUUCGCCUCGCUGUUCGACAAGAAGCAGGCGUCGGGGAAGACGCUGCGGCGCGGGGAAAAGGACUUCGAGGCGCAUGGCACGCGGGCGCAGGCCGGGGCGCUAGAGGCGAGCCGCGAGGCCAUGCACGAGGUGCUGAGCUACACGCGCUCGCACAAGCCGCGCGAUUGUAACCGCGGGUGGUAUUUCCCGGAGAAAUGGGCUGAUGCGUCGGGCGCUGAGGCGGAGGUCGAGGGGGAGAAGGGCGCGGGCCUUUUUGCGAGGGAGAGGGUUGUGGUUGUUGAGGAGGAGAUUAAGGGCCCGUUGAGCCAGAGUGUUGGGAGGGUUGUUACGGGGUUCGAGGGGUAUAAGGGGACGCCUGGGUGGUUGAGGACGUGGCUGUUGCCGGAGGAGGCGCUGUAUCUUGUUGAGAGGGGGUCGAUGGAUUUGUGGUGGCCGGCUAGGGGGAUUGAGGAUGUGUUUCCGGUGAAAGACGAGGCUGGAGUUGAAAGUAAGGGGUUUGAGGACUAUGAGUUGGGGGUGCCGCUUAGUUUACAAGCCGCCUACGCGCUGCUCAUCGGCAAUGACGGCGAACGCGGCAAGGUCAGCCUCGAGAAAUACCAAGUCUACGCCAACCUCCGCCGCACAGGGUACAAGAUCAUGCGCGCGACGAAACUGCCCCUCCCACCACCCCUCCCCGCCAAACCUCCUCCGCAGAAUCUCUGGCAAUGGCUCAUCUCCCUCCUUCCUACACAAAUAUCUUCACACACUACCCCCCCGCCCUUCGGCCCCCUCGUGAAACCCGGUUUAUACCGCUCUUACACCCCGAUCUUCACCCAGCUCGCCCUCCUCCCGCGCCACAACCCCACGCCCCAGCCGAAAGCAGACACGCCAUCCCCGGAGGAGCCGUUCAACAUCCACUUCCACGUCUGGAAAAGCAGCACCGCGUUCCCGAAAACCAAACCCCCGCCCCCAGACUUCCGGAUCGCAGUCGUCGACGCGCGCGCCUCCGCUGUCCCGACGCUAGAGCAGCUUACUGCGUUGCUGGAGGUCAGGUCGCCGUGGGAUCCGCCUGAGGCCCCGAACUCGGGUCAGGGGACGGCUGUGAAUAGGAAUAACCAGGGCCUGAUGUACAAACGUCUGAAGCACGCGUGGCGCAACGCUGUUGUUGCGGUCGUGGAUAGGGGGCUGAUCAGCUAUAUCCGGUUCGGCGAGAUGGCGUUCGCGCAGGAGAGGCUGUAUGAGGGGGGUGGUUGAGGGUGAGGAUGAUGGUUGUCCUGGGGUAGGUAGGUAUGUAGGUAGGUAGGUAUUAGUGGGAUUGAGAGGCGGAAGUUGCUUCUUGAAGUUUACAACAUGCGGCGAUAUAAUCGCGGGGUUCAAGAAUCAUCGCGGUCCGAAGAUCGGAUUGUCUCACAACUUUGUUUGAUCGUCUCCGGUGCCUAUCCGCGUUGAUCCAUGUGUUCUACGGAGAAUCUCUUUGUUUAUUCAUGAUAUCCUCCUUUUAUGAUUGAGUUGCUAGUUUAUGAGUACCACUUCCUGCCCUGUUGCACAAGGUAACGACAAAUAACCA